GUCUAAACGUGGAAUAAUCGAAGCAAGAGCUGAUGAGUACGUUGAACCCGAAGAAGCUUGGCUGCAACAAGCAAUUGCAGCUAGUUUAAGUCUUGACGGUGCUGAAAUUCCUGUGACAAGUGCAGAUGCAGCUUAUAUGAAAGCUUUAGAAGAAUCUCGUAUUGAACAAGAACUUGAAGAAAAACGUCGUCGAGCUGAAGAUGAAGAACUAGCGCGUAUACUUGAAUUGUCAACCAAAGAAAAAUAAUUCAUUGUGUUGUUCUGUUUUACAAAAUCUUUGUUCAUGUAUCCAUAUAUGUAUCUUUCAAAAACGCUUACACGCAAAUAUAUAUUAUUUUGUCAAAUAAUACUAAUAAUCAUCGCAAUCGCUUAUCCAUAUCACAUGUGAUAUAACGACAAAAUUAAUCAGAAAUAUAUUGUAUGCUACUAACUUGAUCCCUGUAUACCACUUAUCCUACUAGAUAGUCAAACAAAUCGCUUUCUUACGUCUACUUACUCCAAACAAAAAGUUCACAUAAAUAACAGUCAUUUAGUAACGGCUUUUAACAAUAUAUAUAGCCGUAACCGCAUUAUGUUUGCCUUCCUGCUUUGAAAUUCCUACUAAUGAAAUUUAACGCCGAAUAAUAUCAUUUCAAGUCUAUUCAUAAUCUGUAACCUUGUUUAAUACACUCAUCUUACAUUUAUUACUAGUUGAUGAUAACGUAAAACAAUUUUCACAAUGUUGUCUUUACUGCCUUUUGUUUAUCAAGUAUAAUUAUGCUGUUAGUGAAAACUGUACUGUAUAAUCACAUUUUUCUGUUCAACCAAUGCUCUCCGUUGUUUUAUUUCUUACGCUUGAUGAUCAUCAUUCUAGUCAGUGGGGAUAUAUGAAUAUACUAAUCCUUCUUUGUUGAGCAUUAUAUUCUAUUAGUUUCUCCUAUCAUUUGUGUAAUUGUUUAUUUUUCUUUGGUAAUAUCCAUAUAAUUUGAUAUAUCAUUCUUUAUGACCAUUAUUGUUGCACAUCAGGUCUCUCUGAACAUGAUGUUUGCUACUAUUCUUAUUGUCUUUGGUUUUACAUUGCUUAUUUAAUGUGUUCAACUGAUUUCUAUAAUACGGUUGAUGGAUGCUUUUAUAUUCAUUCUUUUAGUUGAGUAAUUGACGUAGUAUGACACAAUAUUAGUUAAGCUGCUGCAUCCACUCUUUGUGUUCUCUCUAAUUCUAACCUUCUGAAUUCCUCAUAAUCUCUAUCUUUCUCCUUCUAAAUUUAUCUUAUUGAAUUAUACUUCUCGAAUCAUAUCUUCGCUCCCUAAUCUUCUGCAUUGCUGCUAAUACUUCUGCUAU